GUCGAUGGAGAGGUGAGGUGGGGGCCAAACGUAACAAGGUACGGAACGGAAACGGACUCCCCGUUUAGUUAGGAAGUACAGAGAGAAUAGAAGAGAGAGCAAGCAUCCCGUCGAAACUGGUAGCAAUCGGUGGGGCGUUCCUUCACCAUGUCGCCCCGUCGUGUGCGGCUACGCCCGGUGACUUGUCGAUCCCGAUUCGCGGCGAUCCACGACGCAGCAGUGAGCAGGACACGGCGGCGCCAUCGGCAUCGGCAUCGGCUGCUGAAACCUCAUACUUCUCCUGCAGCAGGUAGCGGGUCGAAGGCUUCAUCAACUGAAACAAAUGGUCUGGAGGAACUCCCAGAGGACAUCAUACAUCAUAUACAUUCUCUCUUGCCAAUACAAGAUGCUGCUCAUGCUGCCUGUGUGUCCCGUAGGUUUCGGCGUUCCUGGAGAAGCUAUUCCAGCCUCAUACUCAGUGAGCGUACACUUGGUUUGGACAGAAAAACUGAGGAAUGGAAAACCCAUCUCAUUGACAAAGUUGACAAAAUUCUUACAAACCAUUAUCACAAUGGGGUGAAGGUGAAGACACUUAAACUUGAUAUUGGCCCUUGCAGAGAUAUCAAAGCCUCCUACCUCGACAGGUGGCUCCGAAUCAUUAAACCUGGGAUCCAAGAAUUUAGCUUGCUGUUGCCUUUAGUCGUCAAUAAAAUCUACAGCUUCCCGUGUUCGGUUUUGUCUAAUGAGGCAGCUGCAAGUUCAAUUCAGUCUCUUAGCCUCUUUGGUUGUGCUUUUCAUCCCACAUCAAUACUUGGGCGGUUGAGAAGAUUGAAAAGUUUAAGUCUGCGUUAUGUCCACGUUACUGAGGAUGGAUUAGGGCACUUGCUGUCUAAAUCAUCCGCCCUAGAGUGGCUAGAGAUUGAAGCAUGUAGUGGGAUAAUAUGCUUGAAAAUACCUUGUACGCUGCAGCAGCUCAAGUUCCUCAGUGUUCAAAAAUGCGAGAUGGUGAAGGUGGUAGAGAUAGAUGCUCCGCGUCUUUGCUCUUUUCGCUAUUGUGGGACACCGGUCAUCUAUGUCCGAAAUUCUUCGCAACUUAAGAAUGUAGAUAUUUCACCUGUCAACCUGUCUGGUAUUCUCUCUUAUGCUCGCUUUAGCCUUCCGUCCAUCGCGCAAAAUGUUGAGAGCCUCACCCUGCUCGCCGGUCGUAUUGAGAAUGCCAACACUCCGAUGCUGCCGUCCAAGCUCCCCCACCUCAAGAACUUGAAAAUUUCUCUCGUUAAACCCUGGUCAUCUCCGAACUAUGAUGUCUUCUCUCUGGUUUCUUUUCUUGAUGCUUCUCCUGCCUUGGAAUCUUUCGUCCUACGCGUAGAGCAGGAUGCCAUGAUGCAUGACCCUGUUGUUGGAGACGACACUGAAUACCGGAGGCAAAAUCUCGAGUGCCGGAAUAACAGUCUCAGGAAGGUGAUGAUCACGGGCUUCUGUUCUGCCAAGAGCCUAGUUGAGCUCACAGUUCACAUCCUCGAGCGAACACAUUCACUCGAGCGCUUCACGCUCGACAUAACCUAUGGCUACGAUAGGAGAACUUGUAACAUCGCCAAAUUCCCAAUUGCGAGAAUGAUUGGCCAAUGCUGGUCGUUGAGCAAGAGAGCUCUCGAGGAAGCUCAUAGAGCUGUGGAGACAGCGGAUAGAUACAUCAAGGGAAGAGUUCCCUCGUCCGUUCAAUUCGAGGUUCUGGGGCCUUGUCCUCGAUGCCAUAUUGGAAAGUAGGUAGACCAUGGCUGUGUGCACCGCUUGAUGCAGGGGCCCUGGGUAAUCCUCCUUUUCGAGAAAAAGGUACCAGUGGAUCAUUGACGUGGUACGGAGGGAUCUCGGUAGCAAUAGAUGCUGGUUGCUGGUGUCUAUUAAUUUCGUUGCUGUGAACAAUAAGAGAUUUAUUGGCCAGGCUUUUGUUCAACUCCGGAAGUGGGACUUUUGAGUUAUCUGUUCCUAGAGAUAUUAGAAGUUGCGUUAAUACAAUAUUAAGAGAUUAUUAGUGGCUGUUUGAAUUGGAGAUGCUAGUGCAGUGAUGUUUUGUUUUAGAGUUUUGAAUGGCAAAUGAUGUUUCAUCCAAUCAUUCAAUGUAAAGCCUGGAAUACCAUUUGA